AUGUGGCAGGGCUUGAAAACUAUUACGGACUACAAUGGGAAACACAGCCACGAGCUGGCCAGUAAUCCUUGUCAAAUCCUCAAUCGGAUUGGGCACACGGUGCGCGUGGGGGCCCUGCAACUGCAGCCGCGGCUCUUCAGCCACGUUUCCACCUUCAGAGGCGGUAAAGAAGCCCCUGUCCCGGUUGAUGAAUGGGAUAUACACGGCGGCACGAGGGAAGCAGUGGAAAGACAGUUGGAAAAUAUUACCAAAAGUGUCAAUGAACACGAUUUACGCAGCCUAGGGACUAGGGCGUCGAUAAACAGCCAACACAAGGACAGGGGGGGUAAAAGUAAGAACAUGUACAAACAGAACGAGAGUGAGAGAAGUGUGUUCAUGCCGAGGGACUCGAUCCUAUUAGCCACGGAGACGUUGAAUCGCAUGGCCGGUCUGUUACCAUAUAACCUCUCACUGGAGGUAGUGAUGGCUGUGGACGCGGGGCUCGGGGAAUUACCCACGUUCUCCUCCUCUACCCCGGUCUGUGAAGACCCCAUGUCGUUUCUGCAGAGUGUUUGUCAUACUGUUAUAGUCCAAGGAGUUUCUGCUAUGGUGGCUUUCCCUCAGACCAGGGACGACAUGGUGAAGUUGGAAUUCAUCGCGUCAACGCUUCAGAUUCCUGUCAUCAGUGUUGUCCAGAACGUAUUCAAACGGCAGAGUAAGAACCCUCUCCAUUUCCAGAUGCCGAUGCAGAACCCGGCCCUGCCCCAGGUGGAGCUGCUCUACUCCCUGCUGGUGAUCAACAGCUGGUAUGACGUCAGCCUCCUGCUCUGUCAGGAAUGGAACAUUUCUAGCUUCCUGGUUCGUCUCCGUAACAACACCAAGUUCCACCUGGGUUCUGUGGUCAACAUCACAACCUACACUACCUCCUCUGGAUCUCACCCCAACAGCUCUGUCUCCAAGGCCGACUUCCAGACCUCUCUACGGGGAUACCUGGAGUCCAUCAAGGAGUCAACGUCUACAGUCGUAACAUUCGGCUGCGACAUCCGGGACAUCAAGAGGAUCUUUAACGUGGUGACCAAGCUGGGCCUGAUGCUGCCAGAGUACCACUGGGUGUUGGGGGACACGCAGGACGUGGAGGAGCUGAGGACCGAGGGUCUGCCGGCGGGACUGCUGGCCCAUGGCAGGAUGGGGACUCCCUCCCUGGAUCACUACGUACAGGAUGGGCUGGAGCUGGUGGCCCGGGUGGUGGGGUCAGCUGCGUACCUCUCCCCUGAGCUCGCCCUCAUCCCCUCCAUCACCAACUGCAUGGAUACACAGAGCAGGCAGAACAGGAACAUGACCUCAGGGAAAUAUCUGUCCAGGUUUCUGUCCAACACGUCGUUUGAAGGUCUGAGUGGUUUCAUCUCGUCCCAGGAGGAGACAGUGAUCUCCUCUGAGAGCCAUCACUUCAUCUGGUCCCUGCAACACGACCCCAUAGGGAAGCCCAUGUGGACCAGACUGGGCCGAUGGAAGCAUGACAGGGUGCUACUGGACUACACUGCCUGGACCAACAAACAGGCAUCAAAUCAGGGCGGGGACUGGAGGUACCUGUCGCGGCUCCAUCUCCGGGUGGUGACGUUGGUGGAGCACCCCUUCGUCUUCACCCGGGAGGUGGAUGAGGACGGUCUCUGUCCCGCUGGUCAGCUCUGCCUGAACCCCCUCACCAACAACACAGCCCUUCUCCAGUCUCUCUUCCUCCAGAUGCGGGGGCCUAACGACAGCAUUCCCAUGGAGUAUAAGAAGUGUUGCUACGGCUACUGCGUCGAUCUACUGGAGAAACUGGCGGAGGACAUGGGGUUUGACUUCGACCUGUAUAUUGUAGGCGACGGCAAGUACGGUGGGUUUAAGAACGGACGCUGGACAGGGCUGGUGGGGGAUCUUCUCAGCGGAGCGGCCCACCUGGCCGUCACAUCUUUCAGUAUCAACUCGGCCCGGAGCAGGGUUAUAGACUUCACCUCCCCGUUCUUCUCCACCUCUCUGGGCAUCCUGGUACGGACCCGGGAUACGGCCGCGCCCAUCGGGGCAUUCAUGUGGCCCCUGCACUGGUCCAUGUGGCUGGGGAUAUUCGUCUCGCUACACGUUACUGCCGUGUUCCUGACCAUCUACGAGUGGAACAGCCCGUUUGGGAUGACGCCGCGAGGCAGGAACAGAGAUAAGGUGUUCUCCUUCUCCUCGGCUCUGAACGUCUGCUAUGCCAUCCUGUUUGGCCGUACAGCUGCCAUUAAACCUCCUAAGUGCUGGACGGGGCGGUUCCUCAUGAAUCUCUGGGCUAUCUUCUGCCUGUUCUGUCUGUCCACCUACACAGCCAAUCUGGCUGCCGUCAUGGUGGGGGAGAAAACCUUCCAGCAACUCUCAGGAAUACACGAUCCAAAGGUAGGAAAACUCAGCCAGGGUGAUAGACCACUAACAUUACGGGAGAGCAGUGCCGAGGAUUACCUGAAGAAAAGCUUUCCAGAGAUGCACGAAUACAUGAGACGGUACAACGUACCAGCAACCCCAGAUGGAAUAGAACAUCUGAAGCAUGAUCCACAGCAACUGGAUGCUUUCAUCAUGGACAAGGCCUUACUAGACCACGAGGUGUCUAUAGAUGCAGAAUGCAAGACACUCACUGUGGGGAAACCAUUUGCAAUUGAAGGUUACGGCAUCGGCCUGCGCCAGAACUCCCACCUGACCUCUAAUAUCUCAGAGCUGGUGAGCCAGUACAAGUCUGACGGCUUCAUAGACAUGCUACAUGAUAAGUGGUACAAGGUGGUGCCCUGUGGGAAACGGAGCUUCGCAGUCACAGAGACCCUACAGAUGGGCAUUAAGCAUUUCUCAGGCCUGUUUUUGAUGCUGUGUGUCGGGCUGGGUCUGUCUCUCCUCACCACCCUGGCUGAACACAUAAUCUACCACUUUGUCAUACCCAGAGUCAAGGAGCCCAAGUUCAAGUACUGGCUGCAUACUAGUCAGAGGUUACAUCGAGCAAUGAACUCAUCUUUCAAUGACGAUAAACUGAAGACUGUAGCCAAGCCAGAAGAAAGGUGCAUCAUGGGUAACAACCAACAACAACUGCAGCCAUGUGUACCAUGGCACAGCUCCAACUGCAACAGGAGGAAGAUUCCACCUCAGGAGUCCCUGCUAAAUGUUCUGGAGUCUCCCCCCUGUGAUUGCUCUCCUCCUCCUCCUCCCUCAGCCCUUCCACCUCCUUCCUCUCCUCCUUCUCCUCAGGUGAAGAGCCUGGUCCCCCGGCAGGCAACAUCUAAUGGGAGGACAGACCAGGUGGGUCUGCAGGCCAGGACCAACCCCAUGCUGCAGGAGCUGUCAGAGCUGGAGACACACAUCACCAUCAUCAAACAACAGCUGCACAUCGCCAUGAUGAAGAAGAGGGACCUGGAGCAACCAGGAGAAACACAUGACAGAGUAGAGACUGGUACCAGCAGAAGCACAACAUGA